UUUCAUUUUUUAACGUAAAGAAGUUGUAUUUUCGACCCUAACUAUUGUUAAAGGUUUCCCAGCCUUGGCCCGCCAAUCAUUGCCUACGUUCUGAAGGAAGGGCGUCUAUUGGCUCGUACAAGAACGUGGGGGCGGGGCUUCCGCGAACGCGAACCCACCUCGGGAUGGUUGGACUGCGACGAGGCCUGUCGGCUUUUCCCAUGUUUUGGAAAAAGGAAGCUUAAAGUUUCAAGUGCACACUUGUGGGAAAAUGGCCUACUCUAACUACAGCAACCUGAGCAGGGCUCAGCUCACCUUUGAAUACCUUCACACCAACUCGACAACACAUGAAUUUUUGUUCGGUGCAUUGGCAGAACUUGUGGACAAUUCCAGGGAUGCCAACGCCACACGAAUCGACAUUUAUACAGAAAAAAGGCCAGAGCUCAGGGGCGGGUACAUGCUCUGUUUUCUUGAUGAUGGUACUGGAAUGGACCCAAAUGAGGCCACCCAUGUCAUCCAAUUUGGGAAGUCAAGCAAACGUUCUCCGGAGUCAACACAUAUAGGCCAGUAUGGAAACGGAUUGAAAUCUGGUUCUAUGCGUAUCGGCAAGGACUUCAUCUUAUUCACAAAAAAAGACAACACACUCACUUGUCUUUUUCUGUCAAGAACUUUCCAUGAGGAGGAAGGACUGGAUGAGGUAAUUGUGCCUUUACCCUCCUGGGAUCUGAAGACCAAGGAACCACUGACCUCAGAUCCGGAGAAAUACGCUAUUGAGACAGAGUUGAUUUUCAAAUACUCGCCAUUUAAAAAUGAGCAACAGUUGAUGGAUCAGUUUCGAAAAAUUGAGGGCAACAGUGGUACUCUUGUUAUUAUCUAUAAUCUUAAGCUAAUGGACAACAGAGAACCAGAACUUGAUGUUGAGACUGAUCACCAAGACAUUCUGAUGGCUGGGACUUCAAUCGAGGGCGUGAAACCUGAGAGGAGGUCCUUCAGAGCCUAUGCUGCUGUUUUGUACAUCGACCCACGCAUGAGGAUUUUCAUUCAGGGUCAUAAAGUGAGAACCAAGAGGCUUUCCUGUUGUCUUUAUAAACCAAGAGUGUACAAGUAUUCAUCAACGCGCUUCAAAACACGAGCGGAACAAGAGGUCAAGAAAGCGGAUCACCUGGCCAAGAUCGCGGGUGAGAAGGCCAGAGAAGCAGACAGUAAGAGGGUAGCGCUGGAGGCCAAAUUAGGGAAUGAUAUUUCAAAAGACUCACGGGCAAUUCUGAGAAAAGUCCAGGAUUCAGCCAUGAUGCUUCGACAAGACGCUGAAAUGAAGAAAAGGAUACUCGAGGCCAAACAAAGAGCUUUAAAGGAGCCCAAAGAGUUGAACUUCAUAUUUGGUGUAAACAUCGAACAGAGGGACUUGGAUGGGAUGUUUGUGUACAACUGUUCUCGUCUCAUCAAGAUGUAUGAAAAGACAGGGCCUCAGUUGGAGGGCGGCAUGGCCUGUGGAGGUGUGGUUGGGGUAGUGGAUGUUCCUUAUUUAGUUUUGGAGCCCACACACAACAAACAAGACUUUGCAGACGCUAAGGAGUACAGACACUUGCUGAAGUCGAUGGGGGAGCAUCUCGCACAGUAUUGGAAAGACAGCAACAUUGCUCAGAAAGGCAUUGUGAAGUUUUGGGAUGAGUUUGGAUACCUGUCAGCCAGCUGGUCUGCUCCUCCGUCAUCAGAGAUGAGAUACAAAAGACGACGUGCCAUGGAAAUGCCGCUCACUAUUCAGUGUGACAAAUGUUUAAAGUGGAGGACACUGCCAUUCCAGAUGGACGCUGUCGACAAGCGCUACCCUGACAGUUGGGUUUGUCUUAUGAACCCUGAUAGUGGCCAAGACAGAUGUGAUGCCCCUGAGCAGAAGCAGAACUUCCCCUGUGGUGUUCUAAAGAAAGAAAAACAGUCAUCAGAAGAUAAACAGAAAGAGUUGGCAGAGAAAAUCAAACAGCAGCAGGAGAAACUGGAGGCCAUGCAGAAAACCACAACUGUCAAAUCUGCUGCGGACAUAAAGAAGUUACCACUAGAGGUCAGCACCAGACCAUCGGAAAGCUCUUCCUCUCAGACGACCAGGUCCUCAGAGAGGUCCGCCACACGUCCACGCUCACCGCCCCUCCCUGCCCACUUGAAAAAUGCCCCCAGCGGUCCUCCACCUCGCGCUGCUUCUCAACGUCUCUCACGGAGUGCCCCUGCUCCGGCAAAGGUUGAAGUGUCGAAGUCCAGAAGUGCUGCAAAGCCUACUUCACCUGCCAAACCCGCACCAAAGAAUGCGGUCAAAGCAGCGCCGGUAACGCGGAGCUCACGCACCCCUGCAAAAGCUUCGUCUGCGAAACCAUCCCCUGCUGGACGCUCAUUCAAGAGAGUCAUGGUUGACGAACCUAGUGAUGAAGAUGAUGAUGACGACGACAAUGAAGAUGCCAAGACGGGCGACAGUGAGCAAAGUGAAGAGGAUGAACCACAGACUAAGAAGUCCAAGAUGGCCUCGGCACCAGGUGGUCGAGGGAAGGCGGCAGAGAAGGUCAAGUCUGGAAGACUAGAAGAGAAGACAGUGGUUACUACUCCCACAGGAGCGACACCGUCUGUUCUGAAGACAUCUGAAAAGCAAGAUUCAGAGAGUGACACCAAGAGUGCUCAGAAAGAAAAAGGGCUGCACGUGGAAGUCCGUGUUAACAAGGAGUGGUUCACUGGAAAGGUCAUCGCCGUGUUGGGCAGCGGUCAGAGUGUCCGCUGGAAGGUGAAGUUUGACUACGUCCCACGCUCCACGCCCAGAGAUCGCUGGGUUGUGAAAGGAAGUGACGAGGUGCGAUUGAUGCGGCCACCAUCUCCAAAUUCCCAGAGUCCAGACACACAGGAAAGAGACAAGAAGCCCGCGCCAAUGGAACCUGAUACCACACAACCUGGCACCAGUCGAGAGGUGACUGACAGUCUGGUGACCAUGCUGAGGACAAUGCUGCGAUACUUCUUUCCACCAGCUUUUCGGAUUCCAAAGGACGAUGUCAACAGCAUGACGGCGGAGGAGCUGAUCUCAUUUCCCUUGAAAGAGUAUUUCCAGCAGUAUGAGUCCGGUCUGCAGUCGCUGUGUAACUCGUACCAGAGCCGAGCGGACGCCAGAGCCAAGGCUGUGGAAGAGAAGAGCAACAACAAUGAGCUCAAACUGAAGGAGGCUGACGAGAAGCUGCAAAAGCUACGCACCAACAUUGUGGCUCUUCUGCAGAAGGUUCAGGAGGACAUUGAUAUAAACACAGAUGACGAGCUGGACGCCUACAUCGAGGAUCUCCUUACCAAGGGCGACUAGAGAGGACUGUGGGGGGAGAACGGAAGAAGUUACUGGUGGUUUAUAAAUGCAACAUGCUACGUCCAACUCAUUCUUUUUUUAUGUUUGAAAUAUACUCCCAGCAUCUGUCUGCUCUCUAUGUAGUUCUGCUGUUCAUACAUUGUUGGCUAGUUUUUGUUUUUAGUUGUUUUUAUAUACAUGCUUAUAUAUGAUUACCAGUGUUUAAGACGUUGUGUUCUCACUGACCAUCUCUGCGUAGGCUCAAUAUUUGACAGCGCUUUUCCAUUUCUGCUGCUUCAGCUGAUGCGUCUGAGGCCAUGAGAAGACUUGGGAGUGGUUGGAACGCGGUUGUUUGUGAAUAUUGACUUUUAUUUUUGUACACUAAGACACAACAGUGUUGCCCUUCGCCCAAACAGCCCUGGAGCCCCAAAUCAACAGGCUUAACUGUUCGGCGUCGACCCACCUUCAAGAACUUUGGGUGAAGAAUCCCAGACUACCAUGCAAAUGAAUGUUCUGAUGUUGGUGUUACAGGACACAAUAAGUGGGUGUGUGAUGCCCGUGAGUCAGUGUCUCCACAGUCUUCUGUUUGAAAAAGAGCUUUUAACAAGUUUUAUGAAAUGUUGCAUGUUUUCUGUUUUAAUUAGGACAGAGCUUUCUGUAUUUUUGACUAAAUCAUUACUUGGAACAAUAAAACUGGUUCAGCAACACUUACAUAAUGUGGGUCAGCGGUGGUUCGGAGUGUGGUGGACCAAGUUUGAGCGAGAAAAGGGUAGCGGUGAGUGACAUGACUAUUGACAAUCGGUCGAGACUUUAUUUUGAAAGUCUCGAGUUUGCAGAGUAGCAACGCUGCUGGCGUUUAGCAGGUCUUGUGUCAUGUCAGCUAUGAAGCUCAGUCUGGCAGGAAGAUGCAGCUUCCUGCAGCGUGGUCCUGUCAAACCGUUUGCCCCGCUCAGAGCAGUGAGUACUGCUGAGCUUGGCUCAAGAGAAAGUGAGGAGGACCAACUUACAGAAGCUUCAGCGACUCCACCUUUCGCCAGAGCCAAGAUAGGA